AUGCUUGUGCACAGCUACCCGGGCAUGGACCGCACCGAGGGGCUGCCCGGGGCGCCGGCCGGGGCCCGCCUGCCGCAGCUGCCCUCGCUCAACCAGGCUCCCUACGGUUCGGCGCCGCCGCUCUGCCACACGCCCGCCGCCGACUUCCAGCCGCCCUACUUCCCCCCGCCGUACCCGCAGCCGCCGCUGCCAUACCCGCAGGGCCAGGAGCCCGGCUACCCGCACCUGGCGGACCCGUACGCGGCGCUCAGCCCGCUGCACCAGCACCAGCAGCCGGCCUGGCCCCCCCAGCGCGGCCGGCAGGACGAGCCGGGGCUGCUCUCGCAGACCCACCGAGCCCUGGGGCUCGACCCCCGCCGCGAGUAUCCCGCCGUGCCCCGUCUGCUCCACGGGCUGCCCGACGGCAGCCACGGCCUCGCCGACGGCCCGCUGGGCCUCCACGGCCUCGGCCACCACGGCAUCGAGGAUAUCCAGGCCGUGGACGACGGCGGGAUGAACCUUCUCGAUCAGUCCGUGAUCAAGAAAGUGCCCAUCCCCUCGAAGGCCAACGGCACCACCAUCUCCAGCCUGUCAAUGAACAAGGAUGGCCUGGUUGGAGGGGUGACGAAUCCCAACGAGGUGUUCUGCUCCGUGCCCGGCCGCCUGUCCCUCCUCAGCUCCACCUCCAAGUACAAGGUGACGGUCGGGGAGGUGCAGAGGAGGCUCUCGCCCCCCGAGUGUCUCAACGCCUCUCUCCUCGGCGGGGUCCUCCGCAGAGCCAAAUCAAAAAAUGGGGGUCGGUGUUUAAGGGAAAGGUUAGAGAAAAUUGGAUUAAAUCUACCUGCAGGAAGGCGCAAAGCUGCCAACGUCACCCUGCUGACAUCCCUCGUGGAAGGUGAGGCCAUUCACCUGGCUCGGGACUUCGGGUACGUCUGCGAGACCGAGUUCCCGGCCAAGGCGGCGGCAGAGUACCUGUGCCGGCAGCACUCCGACCCCGCCGAGCUGCACACCAGGAAAAACAUGCUGCUGGCCACCAAACAAAUUUGCAAAGAGUUUGCAGACCUGAUAGCCCAGGACCGGUCGCCACUGGGGAACAGCCGCCCCUCGCUGAUCCUGGAGCCCGGUGUCCAGAGCUGUUUGACUCAUUUCAGCCUCAUAACCCACGGCUUUGGGGGCCCGGCCAUCUGCGCCGCCCUCACCGCCUUCCAGAACUACCUGGUGGAGUCCCUCAAGGGGCUGGAUAAAAUAUUCAUGAACAGCACGGGGAACGGGCACAGCGGGGACUCCAAAGCGUCAGACAAGGAGGUGAAGCAUCGGAAAUAACGCGCUGCCUCCCCCCGCUGGGAGCUCCCCCCGGGCACCGGCGGUGGCACCGGGACGGGGCGGGCAGAGACGAGACCCCAGUGCACUGUUUUCUGAACUGCUGCGUUUGAACGUGGGAGGAAACUCGUGAAGCAAAGAGAGAAAACACAAAAAAAAAAAGAAAAAUAAAAAAAAAGAGGAUUUAAAGAAUUUAAGAAGAAAACAGCUCUAAUGGACGUAGUGAGAUUGAGGGAAGCCAGGCUGAUGGCUUUGGGGUUUUGCCUUUUUUUUUUUUUUUU